AUGGCAAGCAAAGAGAAGGCUCCACUGGGCUCCAUCGGGAACCCGAUCAAGUUCAAUGAUCAGGACUUCCAGACCCUCCUGAAGGAGUGUCUGAAAUCCGGAAAGCUGUUCGAUGAUCCGACUUUUCCAGCUGAGCAAAUGUCCAUCGGUAUGCCGGAAGAUCCGGAUCCAAAGAAGGCGAUCAAGUGGCAGCGACCCAAGGUAGACAGGGUUAUGUUGUGUCUAAUUAAAGGGAAAGUUCCUGUAAAGGUGUAGGUUUUGUAAUUGUCCUCAAUCAAUUAAUCCAUCAAUCAUAAAACAUUAAGCUGCAAAAUGAUAUCUCCAUAACUUUAAACAGCCUGAUCUGCAGACUCACAAACACUUUACCUUGUCUAUUAAUCAUCUUUAUGAAACUCAGGGUUAUCUGAAUGCAGCCUACAUGUUAUAGCUUGUUAUUAAACAGUCCUGCAUUUUUAUACAGUCAGGUAAUUUGAGUUGUACUCCCUGGUAGCUUUACUUCUUUACAAAGAGUGAGUCUCAGAGACUAACCACAGAUUUAAAGCUGGCAGGGAUAACACAAGGUGUGGCUCGGGUCUGAGAAUCAUGUCACCCAGAGUAUUUCUUCAGGAGAUCAACAGAGUAACCAAAAACAUGAGCUAAAGAAGGUCAAUAAAAUCAAUAAAAAAUAAGUGACAAAGAGUUAUCAGUGAAAAUUCUUGUGCAAACUAAGGCUGCAAUGAACAAUUUCUGAAAUAGAUAGAUAGAUAGAUAGAUAGAUAGAUAGAUAGAUAGAUAGAUAGAUAGAUAGAUAGAUAGAUAGAUAGAUAGAUAGAUAGAUAAAUACUUUAUUAAUCCCAGAGGAAAAUUCAAUUAAUAUGCUGUUUCAUCCUCGAUUAAUAGUUAGAGAAAUAAUUAACUAGGCAAAAUUGACACAAAUAUCAAGGAUAAUAUCAAAAAUAAAAAAUACAACCAGCAGAUACUUUUACUUUGGAAUUUUUACUUGUAAGUUUCUUGCAUUUCCGUCCUUUAAGAAUUUGUAAAUAAUUAAAAACUGUGUAAAAGUUUGUACUAGGCCUGCUUGUGAAACCAGAAGUACUCAAUUAUCUUGUGUUCACACUGUCCUUCUUUGCUCUAAAGGAAAUCAGUGACAACGCCGUGUUUGUGGAGGGCACGACUGGGACCACAGACAUCUGUCAGGGCCAACUGGGUGAGUUCAUGAGCGAAGCAUCAGCAUCCCUGAGCGUAGCAACGAUGAUGAAUGAGGCUCUAAACCGGAAUACGUCAUGCUGAUUGUGGAAAAGCCACAAAAACCCCCAAAAACUGAAGUAUUACAUUACGUAGCUGUUAUUUUAUGAAUACAGUAAAAUAUAAUGACUUCAGGACUUAUGCUCCCCACAGCCUCAGGGACCAAACUUCAAACACUCAGCAUGGGGGGAAAUAGGAAUGGCAAUGUGUUCCCUAAACCCCCUAUCUGCGGGGGGUUCUGUAUCAUACCACGGGCCUGUUUUUAACAGCCCACAGAUCCUCCUCAAAUCUGUGUUCUUCAGUCUGUCUCUUAUUUGUGGUGAAGUGAAAAAUUGUUUUGUGCAAAACAAAAUGUUCUCUCAUCUGGGACUCUAAAAUAAUAAUUUAUUCCACCAGUUGUGUGCAGAUGUGUCACUUAAAACUAAACAUUACCAACCCUCCCUUUUGUCCGCAUCCCAGGACGGUUCUCCUAUGAUUUACGCAGACUCUAAAAGUAUCCGUGCAGCAGUAACAGGAGAAACAUCACAGAACAGAUGUUUGCUCUUUGGGAGGAAUGUGACUUACUGCAUGUUUGUGUGUGAGAGAGCGAGUUUAACCUGAAAAGCAUUGACAAAAACACGAAACCCUAAAACAUCCUCCUGGGUUCUUAAAUAAUCUCACAUGUAAUAUUGCACAACAAAGCACCAAGAAUGUCCCUCAUGUUCAGAUCUGUUUCCUGUAUCUUAUUUCUUCUUAUCAGGAAACUGUUGGCUGUUGGCAGCCCUCUCCUGUCUGACCAUGCACCCCAAACUCUUUGUGAAGGUGGUGCCGCCCGGCCAAAGCCUGGCGAAGCCUUACGCAGGGAUCUUCCACUUUAGGGUAAGUGGAGUUAUACGACUGUAAAAUACACAGACAUAGUCGAGCUGGUGUCUGGUGUAUUGGAAAUGCUGACUCAACCUGCCAAGAGACAAAGAGGUGGAGAUGAGAUCAGCCUAUCGUCUCCUUGCAAACAGACACAGUGUACCUGGCUGUUGGUCAAGAUCAGCCUUACCUCUCCUAAAUCCUAACCUUGAUAUCUUUGACACACAUGUGCAAUAAUAAUCUGAGUAAUAUCACUGCCAUGUAACAGUUUUGUUUAGACCAGACUGUAAAGAUGCCUAUUUUUGCUCUAAAGAUGGAUCUUUUUGAAUGAGUGCGAGUAUUUUCUAGUGGUUCUGCAGACAGCCUCGAGUAGGCACUCAGAGAUCUGUAGUUUGUAACACUCGUGAAUGUCCUCUUUCAAGACUGGAGGUUGCAGCUUGGUCUUCAUAGGUUUUUUGUCAUUCAUUCAGGUCCUACCCCACUGAGCAUUUUUUGGUCUAAAAGAGGUCUAAUAGAUUUCUAAAUGUUGCCUAGACAACUGGUCUAAAAUCAGGCUACCACAGGUCUAAAAAUGAAAGUUUUUAGAUGUCUUAAUUUAAACCAAGUUUAGAUCUGGGCUAUAUCUGUACUACGACAGAGCCUUCUCUGCUGCCACCCCCACCCUCUGGAAUUCACUCCCCAAACCCAUUCGAGACUGUGGAGACCCCCAUACUUUUAAAUCACUCCUAAAAACACACCUUUAAAAAUUGGCUUUUAACCUGUGAACCUUUCUUUUAUUGUCUUUUCAUAAUGUGUCUUUUUUUAACCUUUUACAUUGUUGGUUUUAUUUCUCAAAAUGUUCUGUAUUUCAAAUUGUGUUUUUUUCUUUGUAAAGCAUCUUUGAGCACCUGUAAAAGCGCGUUUUAAAUAAAAUGUAUUAUUAUAAUUUUUUUGGUUAAGUACUUGGAGAUCAACUAUGCAACUAUGCAACUCACAGUUGCUUUUUGAAAUAAAUAGUUAUCAAAUAAUGGGUUAAAGUGCAACGUCUAAAUUCUGUCUAAAAAUAAACACUGAAAUUAGGUCUAAAAAAAAACUAGAUGUCUAUUAACUGUCUCCUCCUCAGUGGGACUCACCAGUUUAAAUUGUAUACACUUUGAGCAACAGGUGGGCACCACUACCUGUCUGCUUGGUGUCAUUGUCUCAUUCAUGCUUGUGUUACAUGCUCAUAUUUAGAUGCUAAUGUAUGUCUAAUCACUGAAUCAAACACCUAUUGCCUCAAGCAAGCAAGCCUUACAGCAGAAUGAGAGAGGAGAACAGGGGUUUAGUGUGUUCCUCAGAAGAUCGAUCUGAACUACCGUGACACCCAAGUGCUGACUGAUCCCUUAUGUGACACACAGUUUGUGCAUGACUGAGCAAGAACAAGCACCAGUUUGAUUUAUAUACCUUCCAACCCAUACAUUAAAUUUACACUCAUUUAUAUCACAUCAUCAGAUGUAAUGAUCGUUAGGCUCUAUUAUUCUAGGCUCUGCUUAGUUUUUGCUUCAGGUGUCUACCUCAGCUCUAAAACAGGUAUAAACUCAUCCUGAGGACAGUUCUGCGAGGUGGUCUCACCCAUAGAAAAAGGAUAAACACAUAAUCUCAUCUUUAUUACCUCAUUUGAUGUGGCGAUUGUAAUCUGGAGAGUUCAUCAUUCACUGGCUCUGACCUGCACAGAACGAUAAAUAUCUUCUUAUCAGACAUAUCAAUCUUCUCCAAGCAACAAUACAGACGCUUGAGUAAGACAUCGAUCAUUUUUACGUCUUUUUUUGCUCAGCAUUAUUUUACCCUGCAGCUCUGAGCCUUUAGAGACUGUUAUGGAGAAUUUGACAUGACUUAACAAGCAGGACGGAAGGACUGGAAACUCAUUUUGCCCCGUCAGGGUGAUUGGAAAGCAGUCCAGACAUGUAGGUAGUGACUACCCCUGGGACACGCACAAACACAAAAACAUGCACACACACUCACACACACUCACACACGCACAGCUGCAGGUAUGAAAGGCCAGUACAGGCCUGCUCGGCCUCUGUUGUGUACACACAGUUAGCAGUACAGUACAGCCCCCAAGACAUGACCAGUAACCGCUUUGGGUUUAAUAGAUUAAGUCAAACUGGAGAACAAAGAAACAAUGGUCUUAUUCACUUUGUCUUUUUGCACACAGCAGGGUUUCAUUCCUAAGAUCUGGACAACUGAUAGACCCUGAGGCUUGAUUUGUAUCCUGUCUAAAACUUUCCACAUUUUGUUAACAUAUUUGUCAUAAUUUGUGCGAAAAUAUUUCAUCUGCAGAAGUAUUUAUGAGUCUUGUUAAAGUUGAAGCUGUGAUACCAAAGUUUAACAAAAGACAACUAACAAGGAAAAGCCUUGUGUCAAAGAAAAUAAGAGCAAGUAAAAAAGUCUUAACUUUAAAAUGUACCACAAAUACCCAAGUUCAGGUACUUUCAGGAUAAAUUAAAUGAAAUUAUAGGGGAACCACUAGCCUGGCAGUCUUUGUGCACACUCCAAGUGGGCACACCAGUUCAAUUCCAGCUUGAGUUUUCUUUAAUGCACACAUGUAUGUCAGUCACUGUUUUGUCUUGUCCUCUCUAAAUAAGGUAACAAAAGCCCUAAAACAUAACUUUAAAAAGUAUAUUCCAUCAAUUCAUAUUAACAAGCAGCUCAUGUCUUAAUCUAAUGUUGCAGCAUCUAAGUACUGAUUUUAUAUGUUUCUUUUACAUUAAAUGAGAAAAUCUUCAGUAAAAUUAUGUACCUUAAUUAGCUGGAACUCCAUUUAAUGAAGUUCAUAUUUUCAUUUAUAUCAGUUAUGAGUGUUGCACAGGUUUCAGGGUGGUCUUACACUCUACACAGAGACCACUGCUGAGCAGUGAGAGAGGCACAAAGAUGUCCAAAGGAAGAGGGAGAGUACACAUGAAAAUAUAAAACAUGUGAGCUGAUGUUAUUUGAUAAUUGACAUAGCUUACCUGCAGCCAACAGGACUCAUGAAUUCACUGUGGGACAGAAUGAAAAGUUGUGCAUGUCACUUUUUUACCCAAAAAACUGUCCUGGGAGCAUUGUGUAAAAACAAGGGCAGUCUCCUCAUAGAAAAAAAAAGGGACUUUUGCUUUCAAAAAUUUCAGAAGUGUUAAAAUAUCAUAUUUUUCAUUCUCUUGACACAGAUAUAAAGAGCCAACGCAGCUGAAAAGUAAGCAAGGUCAGGCUUUACCGUGCCAAAUCACACUGGACUGCUCAGUAGAAAUGAUUGGCUCCCCUUUCACCCAGGCUUUGGAGUUGAUAUACCUUUAAAUAUUAAUAAAGCUGCUUUAAUUUUCAAAAGUUCCUGUCUCUUUGGACACAUUACAGCAUCAUGUAAUAUAAUCCACUGGAAAUAAAAUUGAUGUGUAAAGGCCAACAGUUAUGUAGGAUAGCGGACAUAUCCAUUUUAAAACAAGUAAUAUAUAGUGUUUUUGCUGCCCCCUAGUGGCCAAAAAAAAUUAGAAGUUGAUUUUGGUGACAGGAAAAAAUUGGGGAAUUUUUUGCCAUAAACUUUCCUCCUGAUUCAUUUAAUCCAUUUCUUCUUUUCUUACAUCCUUUCUGUGUCUCUUUCUCUCACUCUAUCUGUUGCUGUGUGUCCCUGUGCAGUUCUGGCAGUAUGGUGAGUGGGUGGAGGUGGUGGUGGAUGACAGGCUGCCAGUACGAGAAGGCCGUCUGCUCUUCAGCUACUCUCACACCCGCCACGAGUACUGGAGCGCCCUGGUGGAGAAGGCCUAUGCCAAGUCAGUUGCCACUUGCAGCAUAUGUUUCUGGGUUGUAAUGUCUGAGAUCUCCCACUCCCUUCCUGUGUGUGUGUGUGACACGACUGUAAUUUGACAAAUAUACACAGCCAUGGGAGAUUAUUUCUUUCACCUCUGAUAUGUAGGCUUGUUGGGUGCUACGGAAGCCUGAAAGGGGGCAACAUUUCAGAGGGGAUGGAGGAUUUUACGGGAGGCAUUGCAUACUCACUGAACGUGUCUUCUCGUACCCCUCGAGUCCUCUGGAGGUCUCUGACCGCCGCCCUCUCAAGAGGCAGCCUGCUCAGCUGCUUCAUCCAGGUACACAUGUCAGACUGCUCACAGCUGAAAUGAGAUUAGAUAAAGUACAAUUAGAUCACAGCUUUUUAUUCACAUAAGAAUAAAAUAUGAACCGACAUGUUUGUCUCUUUCCUCACAGGCCUGCAACUACAAAGAGGUUGGUCAAGUGACAGGAGAUGGGCUGAUAAAAGGCCACGCUUACGCCAUCACUGACACCGACAAGGUCAGUAUCACUCAAAGACAAUAUAACCGCUAUUCUAUCUUCAUCUUAGUCGAGGCCUUUUAUUUUGUUCCUGUUGGUGGUGCCUGUAACAAUCAGUUUUUCUACUCAAAUAUGAUGUGAUAAAAUCUGAAUUUCUAUGCUAUCCCAUUUCGUCUCGUUUUGAUUUAGAUUUAUCUAUUCCAAUUAACUACAUGUCUCCUAAAUGGGACAAAUUGUCUCGCUUGUAGCCUUAUCUUUUAUCAUCCCCUGUCAGCACAAGCACAACUGAACUGAUUAAAAGAGAGGAAAAUGAAAUGUGACCCAAUCCAUCAAAUCCAAUCUUAUCAUAAAUCAAGUUUUCGCAUUAUUUCCACCAUCAUUGGUUCACAUUUUGUUGUAAUAUAACCUGGAUUGAUGUAAUUUCCUUAGAUUUAUCAGUCUAUUUACACAGCAAAGGUUCAUAUAAAAUAUUAUCUCAACACACUUGACAGCAAGGGCAGGUCCAGAUCAUCCCCUGCUAUUAUUUCAUAUACAAAGACCAACCAUCAGGAGAAGAAACAACAAUCCUAUUUUGUCUAUAUCAACCGUGAGUCAAGCCCUCCGCGACAGUCAUCUGUUUUUAACAUGAUGGGCUUGAAAAGGGGUAUAGAGGGAGGAGCAGAAAGAAGGAUGGACAUAAGCAAAGACAACAACAACAACUACAAAAAAAAAAAACAUCUCUCAAACUUAUAAUAAUGCUAAAAGAAUGUGCACUUUUCUGCAGGAGCAACAACCUAAUGAAUGUAGACUGACUGUAAUAUUCGUGGCACUUAAAGCUCCUGUGAGGAAUCAUAAAAGCCAUAAUGACGCCUUUUUUUGAUGAUCAGCAUCAAACCAGACUAUCAGCCUUUUUUUUGCUCACAAAUAACUACUGAAGGAUGUAGGACAAGUCGUGACUGCUUUAUCCACACAGGGAUGGUAGAUCGAAAGUUUCUCACGGAAGCUUUAAAGUCGACAGGUUAUAGUAACAAUUGGAGUAAAAAUGAUAUUAGUUAUGACAGUUGGAGGGACGCACUUCUAUUUAACAUCAUAACAGCAGUUGAAGUCAGACGGGAUUGCAGCAACAAUCCUGAAGAACCGACAAGACAAGGGAGCUCAAAGACUCCUGGGAUAAUCUGUGGUUUGUUACUCUAAAGGGACAUGAAGAUCUAAGAUUAUUUAGAUAAUAUCAUCCUCUUGAAUCCUCUACAGAUGACAGUUUCAAUCUGAUUUAAUCAACAUCAUUUUAAAUCAAUAAUGAAGCACUGCAAAGAAACUACCAUGCAAAAGAAGGAUGCCUUUCUCUUAAAUUCCUCUCUCAAUCCUUUUUUAGGUGAAGAAAGCUUCAGAGGAGGUUCUGCUGCUGAGGCUGAGGAACCCCUGGGGUUUUAUUGAGUAUCGAGGACCCUGGAGUGACAAGUGAGAAAGUCUGAGCAUAUUGUCGCCCUCAAACCCAAACCAUAAAUAACCCCUGGCAGAUAAUGUUGUUGUUUUUCCUCAAAUGUGCGACUGCAGGGGUAGUGAGUGGGAUCAGGUGGACAAAGCGGAGAAGGACAGGAUUAACCUGAAAAAAAAAGAAGAUGGAGAGUUCUGGUACGUAGGAAGGAAGUUCUCACAUCAUUUACUUCGAUAAAAGUUGUAACGCUGUAAGUUGUAAACUGGAGCCAUCAUACAAUAUCACCUCUGAGUUGUGGUUGAACACAACUUUGAGACUGUAUGAGACAGAAGCACUCGACUGAAAUAAUCCAAGUAGGAAAGUGCUGCUACCUUGAAUCUGUAUGCAGGUGUAAAAGUCGAUGAGUUUUCUGUUGUGAACUCUUCUCCAUCAGGAUCUGUGCAGAGGACUUCUCCAGACUCUUUGACAUUGUGGAGCUAUGCAGCGUGAACCCCGACACUCUCGUGGAGGGAAACACUCCUGCUUCACCUGCGUCUCCUACCUCUCUGCCCCCUCCUUCCCAAUGGACCAUCAGUGAACAUGAAGGAUUCUGGGUGUCAGGGAGCUCUGCUGGCGGCAGCCGCAGAUACAGAAGUGAGUAUCUGACUUUACGCGUGUACAAAUUUGCUCUUAACAUUCUCACAGAAGAGAUGUGAUGAUACCUUUUCUUUUUCUCUUUUUUACCUCAGAGUCUUUCUGGAAGAAUCCUCAGUUUGAGUUGAUUCUCACAGAGGAGGACCAGCCGGAUGAAGAUGAUGAGGAUGAUGAUGAGGAUGAUGAUGAUGAUGACGAGGAGGAGAUGACUCCAGAGGAGAAGAAAAGAGCAGAGAAACAGAAGCUGAAAGCCAAACAGUGCACCGUGCUGGUGGAGCUGCUGCAGAAAAACCGCCGGCAGAAGGAUAAAGUUCACUUUUUGUACAUGGCUUUCCACAUCUACAAGGUCACAUGUUCGUCUUUCAUACUUUCAAAUACUUAUUGAUUAAUCGAACUGAUUAAAUCAACUUACCUGUAUCUUCAUUCUUCCCCGCAGGUCCCACCCGAGGUAACUAUUUAAAGGGGAAAAGUAUAACCUCUUCAAUUAUCAUCAAAAUAAUCUUAAAGUUUAAUAAAUAAUCUUACAUUUUAAUUACUUAAUGCUGUUAUUUUUCCAUAUAGCUUCAGGGUGUGUGCCUGGACAGCAGCUUCUUCACGAAGAAUCGUCCAGUGGGUCGCUCUGGCAAAUACCAGCCUCUGAGGUAAAAGGUCAUCACAUGAAAGAAAUGAAUGCAAAUUUAUUCAUAAAUACAAAAAAAAAUUGUAGUUGUAAUUGGUAGUUUUAGAAGUAGUUCAGUGAGUGAAACUUCUACAAUGCAGUUCUGACAAACGUAUAUAUCACUGUGCUUUUUUUCAUCAUUUGCACCUCAAAAUUAAUACAUAUAUUUGCACAGAAAUUAAGUUUUGAAUUUACAACUUAAUUCACAACCUGAAGAUGCCCUUUAAGGCCUGACACCACAAAUUAUGGCCAGAAAAAUCAAAUUUUUUUGGAGCUGAAAUGUUCAUUUCACUUACUACUGAAAACCAAUUAUAUCAAAAUAUCCUUAAAGUUUAACAAAUAUAUUUUAUUUAUCUCAUUUGGUACAUUAGAUGUUUUUGGAAACUGAAAAAAUGCAAGAGGACAUUUUUAUCAUUUAUCAGACUGUAUUCAGGUGUUAUUUUAGUAAUUUGUUGAUCAUAUUGAUUUGAUAGAAGUAUAUAAAAGUAUGUAUGUAAGGUCAGGUAAGGGUGCUUUCUUUAUUUAUCUUCAGUGGUCCCAGAUUAGGGAGUGGAAAUAAAAUCUAUUUAAUUAAAAUACAACAUUCAUUCUGUCUGCAUGCAGCACAUCUAUAAAAUGUUUUCACACUGUUUAAAUGUGAAGGUUUCGUUUGAUCUGAGAGUCAUAAAGCUGAGAGCUUUACCGUUAUUCCUCAGGGGAGUGUGGAGGAAGCUCCAUCUGGACCCGGGUAACUACAUCAUCGUGGCCUCCACAUAUCGCCCCAACAUCCCCGGCGAGUUCUUCAUCCGCAUUUUCUCCAAGACUGGAAACACUCUGGGGUAAUACUCAAGAGAUUAAAGUCCCCAAAUCAUAAUGAGCAUCAAGACUACUAGAUAUUUUGUUGUUGUUGUUGUUGUUUUUAGCAUAGAGCCGACGGAGCUCUUUUAACUUCUGUACCUUGUGUAAAUGUUAUGUGAUGAGUGCGUGCGUCAUACGUUUUGGUUGAAUAAUGACCCAGAACACUUCCUGAGGGCUCCCCAGCUCCUGAAUCACCUCCUGCCUCUCUGACUUAAAACAGCAGAGUCACAGUCACCCACACUGCCCUCAGAUUGAGUUCAUAUUGCUAUCCUUCUGCAUAUUUAAAAUAAUGCACCAACUUUCUAACAAGAAUAGGGCGAUAAAACCAAAUAUUAUAAGGAAAGUAGUUAAUGCUAUAGCAGAGAGCAGCUAAUACUCACUCAGACCCUGUUAAGAGAGUGAACCUUUACUCCAUUUUAGUGGAAUUUACUGUCAUUUUAAAUCCACACUAUUCAAAAAGCAGUUUAAGCUUCUUCAAUCCUACAAAAAUCUUACAUCCUCUUGUUACUUUUAAAGCCGUGAAAAAACAAGCAGUUUUACAGUCGCAGGUAAUUUAACACACUAACACUGGAGAUACUGUGUAAAAGCUUAGAUAUAUCUCUGAGCUCCUGUUAAAUUAUCAUGUUUUACCUCAGAUUUUUAGUAGAAAUAUAAUCACAUUUUCAAUCAAUUAAACCCUAUUUGAGUAAAAUACUGUUUUGUGCACAAAUUUUCCCAAACCCUUUUAAGGCCAAGUAGUUUUAGUUUGAUACUUUCAUGUGUCACAUAAUGUUGUACAGAUUUUUUUACACUUUUUUAACAAUCUAAACUUUGAAUGAAAGGAGCAGUACUGACUGUGUUGUUUCCUUUGUUCUGCAGCACUCAGGACUUUUCCUGCACAUCGGGAUUCCUCCAGGUGAGUCCUCAUACAUCAAAAAAAGAGGCGACAGCAACUAGAGAGGAAGUAAGAAAACAUUGUUCGUGUUUGUUUCACAUGUUAAACAGGUCAUGUCCGCUCCUGCUCUCCCUGAGGAUCAUGUGAGAGUUGAGAAUACAUUUGAUGAAGAAGCUGGUCCAGUAAGACUUUCUUUUCAUUAAACUGCUUCACUCCAGCUGAUACAAAAAAUCUACAUUUUGUGCCUUUUUAAACCAUUUUUUCUGUCUUUCUCAACAGGAUGACAGAGUGGACAUGAAGGAGCUCAUGGCUUUGUUUAACUCAGGUUACUUUACUGCACUUUCCAUUCUAUUAAACUUUCAUUAUGUGAUGUCUCUAGUGGCCACUAGAUGGGAGCAAAGUAGUGAAACUUUCUCUCUCCAGUUAAAACUGUGAAGCCACAGAGGUCAGCAGUCUAGACAGAGGCUCAUUGCUGCAGUCAGAUCCAUGCUGACUAAUAAAAGUGACCACACUUGUCCUCACUUUCACCUUUCCUCAGCUCAGACUAGUUUUAACCCUUCAUUUUCUCUCUGUACAUCAAUCUGUGUGUCUCUGUUGUGAUCCCAGUUUUGGAGAAAAAAUACCACCUGCCUCUGGAGACAUGCAGACAGCUCAUCUUUGGAGAGGAUGUAUCCUUUCUCUGUCUAUAUUUUCCAAUACUGUUCCCUCGUUUGACCCUACUGACUAUAUGUCGAGUUCACACAAGUUUAUAGGACUUUUACAUCUGCUAGCUUUGCACUUUAUCUGGGGCAGAGUCUUGCUGACAAAGAGGUUUGAAAUCUUAGUCCAGAGUCGUGAUGCGCUACCCCGCUGUUCAGUUUCACUCCCCUCCCUCAAAACUUUAUCACCUUGUCUUCUGUCCGGUGUGAUGACCUUAAUUUUUUCCGGCAGACUAAAGGGCGAUCCAGUCUCAGCCGUAAACAAACAGAAACCCUGCUGUCUAGUCUGCGCACGAUGCAGGUACAGCCGAGCGUGUGGGUGAGAGAGAGAGAGAAAGAGAGAGAAAAAGAGAGAAAGAAAGAGAGUGAAAUCUUACUCUGUUGCCUCUGUCUUUUGCAGUCCAUCUUCUUCCAGUUUGAUGAGGAUUCUUCUGGCACCAUGAGCCCCUUUGAGCUCAGUAAAGCACUGGAAUCUGUUGGUGUGUGGUACCACACACACACACACACUCACUCACUCACUCCUACACAUGAGUGUGCUGUAUGCUGGCACGCAGAUGGUUUGUCUUCACACCUUCCUCCUCUCCUCUCCUCUGUGUCACAGGGAUGCAGUGUGAUGGUCAGGUAGCUCAGCUGCUCACUGCUCGGUUUGCAUCUGGAGAGCUUCACCUGCCCUUCCACGGCUUUGUGUCGUGUGUCACCAGGCUGCGCAAGCUUUUUGGUAAACCAAACACAAAAACUAUGUUACACAUUAAACUAUACAGUACUUUUCUCCCUUAUUUGUUUAUUGUCAGGUGAGUCUUUGCAGCUAUGAGCCUCAAUCUAUCAACACAGACACACAAAAAUUAAAACAAAAGGUUAAUUAAAAAAAAUGAAGUUUGCUUAGUUGUUAUCAUGACCAGUAUGCACCGAACCUUCAAGAUGGAUUGAUUAGUUUAGUAUAAGAUAAAGAGAGAAGCUUCAUGAGUGCAACACAAAUUCACUUUACCCUCUUUCCCCCCUAAAAAUCAUUAUUUUUGGCUUCUUUGAGGCGUCCCUCUUGUAAAUUCAGCUGUGUUACUAAUCGAACACUAUCCAAAUAACAGCCACACAGGACAUUGUUGCUCCUCUGGUUCUUUAAUAAUGACCAAACUGUGUCUUAUUAUUUUUAUCACAAAAUAAAGUCACUUACGUGGGCCCCCUCUCAAUGUGUUACGUGUGCGCACUUUGUCUUCAUAACAAGCUUUAUGCAUAUUUGUACUAUCAAUAAAUAAACUCGGUACACUUGCCAGCAUCUCUAUUAUGAAAAUGAACACAAGUUACUGCAUGUCAAGCCUUCAUUUCCUCUCCUUUUCUCCCCAGCUCUGUAUGAGUCAGAGACCAGUCAAGAGGUGAAAGACAGAGGGAUCAACGCUGUAAGUACCCAUGAAAUAUAUAAUAAUGUACUAUAUAUACUUUAGCAUGAAUGAUAUGCUCCCACUGACCUGAACAUGGACAUAUUUGUCACAGUUUUUCUUGCUCUUUUGUCCCCUCCGCAGUGGCUGCUUCAGUUCUUGGUGUUGUAA